AUGGCGAAGCUUGAAGCAAAGUUUGGAAUGAUAGUUGACUCCGUUGGUAACUUCUUCUCUGGCAAAGACCAGCUUCCCUUGUGUGACCCUGCUCUAAAUGCAAGUGGUCUUGACAAAUUUCUUAAAUCAAUAGGAAGAAAUCCUCAUAUGUUGAUUUGGAGGAAGUUUGCAGAUAAGAUUGCAGCUUCUGGUUACUAUGUGGUUGGAGAAGAUGUCGUGGGAGAACUAACCAAAUCGAUGCAAAAAAUUGGCUUGGAUAUGCGAGUUUUAGCUCUAGUUAAUGAUACCAUUAGAACACUAGCUGGAGGCAGAUUCUACAAUCAGGAUGUCAUUGCUGCUGUGAUCCUUGGUACAGGGACAAAUGCAGCAUAUGUGGAACGUGCAAAUGCUAUUUCAAAAUGGCAUGGCCCUCUCCCAAAAUCAGGAGACAUGGUUAUAAACAUGGAGUGGGGUAAUUUCCGAUCCUCACAUCUUCCUCUAACAGAAUAUGAAGUAGCUCUAGAUGCUGAGAGCUUAAACCCUGGAGAGCAGUUGAUUACUGGUAUGUAUUUGGGGGACAUUGUAAGGAGAGCUUUAUUGAAGAUGGCUGAAGAAGCUGACUUUUUUGGAGAUACAGUUCCCCUCAAGUUGAGAGUUGCUUUCAUACUCAGGUAUAUCAUUAUUAUUUGUGUUUAUGCUGCUUCUGCUCUUCAAUAUUUUACACAAUCAAGGCAUCUAUAUAUUGAUACUGCACGAAGAUUUGAAAGCUCUAGCACAACGGUGACAGCACAAAAUCCUGAGAAAGGUGGAACAUUUGUGACUAACAGAAAGCGAGUAUGUCAUAUAAAGGUUAUAGUCUAUAGUUGA